AUGGGUUUAAAAAAGGCGCUGAAAGCGCUUGAAAUCCUUGAGAAGCCAGAAGCUAUACUUAACCGGAAACUUCAGUGUAACCCAUAUUAUCCGUUUAAAAUGGUUGAAGGAAACAAGUUCAUUCUUACUCUAAGUAGAAAACGAUUUUACAUUGGAACACUUACGGCUUUCGUUUCCAUGGUUACACUGAUUACUUGGGGAAUUUUACUUGAGGCCAGCCAAUACAUGUUAUUUCCCAUCCUUGUGUGUGGUAUAUCAGCUAUCGUGGCAUGGGAGAACAGAGGACACCGCACAUGCGUGUUAGACGGAGAACGUGCGCAGUACAUAUGUGUAGUUGGAGAACAUUCUGUGGAGAAUGGCAACUUCCAUAAUGUUUAUAUUAGACUUAAAGCACAAAAGCACGGGGCGGGUGAAAUGUACUACUAUGUCGUAUUUAAUGUCCACGUGACGGAACAAAAAAUUACAUCUUAUUCCAAAAACGAUAAGAAGCUGCGUGUUCUUGCAAAGAGGCUCGCGGAAAAUCUUAAUCUUAACUAUUUUGAUGUGAAAGCCAGCUCAAGGGACCACGUCAUCAGACACCGUCCUGUGGUUGAUGUCCCAAAUGUUAACAAUGGCGAAUGCAAUAUUGGCCAGCCUGUGUAAUCCACCUUAUAUCAUGACAUUCGGAUCUUAUCUUCUAUUUGAUUUAAAUUUGAUAAAUUCCCUCAAUUUAGUUUCAACAAAGCGUUUAACUUUCUUCCGAUGUUUCUUCCGAUCAUAUUCUGCUGGUAAUUUGGAUAAACUAAGCAAGCUGCAAUGAAGCUGAAUUAUUUUUCUCGGAGAAAAAAAUUAAAGUGUAAGACAAUGGCAUGGCUGGAAUGAGAAAGAUGAGAGAUUCUGAG